AUGAAGUUCAGACCGCUCCUUGUCUUCUGCAUCCUCUUCUGCCUGGUGAACAUCACCAGCUCAGCCCAUCUCAAGAAAGGGGCUCCCUGGGAGCUAUCCCAAAUUCUGCCUGCCCUGUGCCAGCUCCCCCCAGUGAGGGGUCCCUGCAGAGGCCUCUUCUACCGGUACUUCUACAACGACACGUCCAGUGAGUGUGAGCGUUUUACCUACAGUGGCUGUCAGGGCAAUGCCAACAAUUUUGAGACCACAGAGAUCUGCGUGAGGAUCUGUAAGCCCCCUGGUGAGUCCUCUUGUAGAAACAGGAGAAGCAACGCUGAAGAAGACUAA